UCUCGCCGCGUCGUCGAUGCCGCCGAGGCUGAACUCUGGCCCGGAGAUUACGUGGGACAACCCGUCGCGUUCGUUCAACCCAGCGGUCCUUCAAUAGGCCAGUGGGCAUAUGGAGUCGUGAUUCGCUACGAGAUGUUGGCGGCCGGCCCAUCGCUCAGCGUGCUAGUCGGGCAGGAAGUUACUACGGUACGACUGUGUGAACCCCUUCGCAUCAUCAAGGCCGACCCGAUAACGUACGCCCUUCAAGUUGGGGUGACAGUGACAGACAUGGUUCUCAACGCCAAGGAGCUUCUCGUGCAACAGAAUGCAGUG